AUGGCUGGUCCCAGUAAAUCCCUGGUCCUUGACCCCGCAUACCAAAAAUACUACGAGCUAAAUGCGAACCGCUACAAGUACUGGCGCUGGACCCCGCGCCAUGCCAUGAUCUCCUUCGUCUACAUGGGCCUGAUCCCCGGUGUUAUCGGCUACUUUGCCUAUAAGUAUGAGGGCAAGUUCGAGUUCCGCGGCAAGCGCAAGGGAGAUACCAUUUCUGAGUGGUAG